GUUCAGGGGGAAGCGCUCCCUCGCCUGCUCCCGCCUGGGGCUGGGCGGCUGAGCGGCUCUCCCUGCAGGCAGGCGGCGCUCCGUCAGCGGUGGCCCGGCCCCAUCGGCGCCCGGAGAAGCCGAGCCGAGAGUCCGCGGCGGCGGUGGGCGAGGGAGGGGGCGGGCUCAAGGGUGCUCCCGGAGCGGGUCCCUCUCCCCGCCGCCGCCGCCGCCGCCUCCUCCUGGUCCUCCUGCUUGCAGCCGCAUCAUGGCCGCGAAGUCGGACGGGGGGCGGCUGAAGAUGAAGAAGGGCAGCGAGGUGGCGUUCACGCCGCUGCAGAACUCGGAACACUCGGGCUCGGUGCAGGCGCUGGCCUCGGGCUUGCCCUCGGCGGGGGCGGCGGCGGGGCCCGGCGGCGCGGAGGACGACGAGGCGCCCGGCGGCGGCUGCUGCGGCUCGAGCCGGUGCUGUUGCGGCGGCGGCGGGCGGGCGGCGGGGGGCUCGCGGGGCUCGGGCGGGGGCUCGUCGUCGCUGUGCUUGCGGCUGAGCCGAGAGCAGCGGCGCUACUCGCUGUGGGACGGGCUGUGGAUCCUGGCCGCCGUGGCCGUGUACUUCGCGGACGUGGGCACGGACCUCUGGCUGGCGGUCGACUACUACCUGCGGGGCCAGCGCUGGUGGUUCGGGCUAACGCUCUUCUUCGUGCUGCUCGGCUCGCUGUCGGUGCAGGUCUUCAGCUUUCGCUGGUUCGUCCACGACUUCACGGCCGAGGACAGCGCCGUGGCCGUGCCCGCCUCCUCGGCUGGUGGCGGCCACGCCGAGAGCAAGCUGCUGGUGAGCAGCGGCUCGGCCGCGGGGGACAUGGAUGCCGCCGCCGCCACCGGGGCUCGGCCGGGCACGCCGCAGAGGCAGGCGUCCAACGCCAGCAAGGGCAAUGCCACCAACAGCACCAACAGCAGCAGCACCAACGCCACCACCACCACCACGAGCGGCAUCGGCGCCGGCGGCGUUCGGGCCCCCAAGAGCCGGUCCGCCUCCUGCGCCUUUUGCAUCUGGCUCCUGCAGUCCCUCAUCCACAUCCUGCAGCUCGGGCAAAUCUGGAGAUAUUUCCACACUAUAUACUUGGGCAUCCGUAGUCGACAAAGUGGAGACAAUGACAGAUGGCGUUUUUACUGGAAAAUGGUCUAUGAGUAUGCAGAUGUGAGUAUGCUGCAUUUGCUUGCCACAUUCCUGGAAAGUGCUCCACAGCUAGUUCUACAACUUUGCAUUGUUGUUCAGACACGUACUCUUCAGGCCCUUCAAGGCCUUACAGCUGCAGCAUCUCUUGUGUCUUUGGCAUGGGCUUUGGCUUCGUACCAAAAAGCUCUUCGUGAUUCCCGUGAUGACAAGAAACCUAUCAGUUACAUGGCUGUAAUAAUCCAAUUUUGCUGGCACUUCUUCACAAUUGCAGCCAGAGUGAUUACUUUUGCUCUCUUUGCUUCUGUUUUCCAACUGUACUUUGGGAUCUUCAUUGUUCUCCAUUGGUGUAUCAUGACAUUCUGGAUUGUCCAUUGUGAGACAGAAUUCUGCAUCACUAAAUGGGAAGAGAUUGUCUUUGAUAUGGUUGUUGGGAUAAUUUAUAUCUUUAGUUGGUUCAACGUCAAGGAGGGAAGGACACGUUGUAGGCUUUUCAUUUACUAUUUUGUGAUCCUUUUGGAAAAUACUGCCUUGAGUGCUCUUUGGUACCUGUACAAGGCUCCUCUGAUUUCUGAUGCAUUUGCCAUACCAGCCCUAUGUGUAGUGUUCAGCAGCUUUUUAACAGGCAUUGUUUUUAUGCUGAUGUACUAUGCCUUCUUUCAUCCAAAUGGACCAAGGUUUGGGCAGUCACCAAGCUGUGCUUGUGAAGACUCUGUAGCUGCCUUUACACUUCCCCCAGAAGUAGCAUCAAGUACACUAAGGUCUAUUUCUAAUAACAGAAGUGUCAUGAGUGAUCGGGACCAGAAGUUUACAGAGAGAGAUGGCUGUGUGCCUGUGUUUCAGGUGAGACCUACUGCACCUUCUACUCCGUCAUCCAGACCACCAAGGAUUGAAGAAUCAGUCAUUAAAAUUGAUCUGUUCAGGAACAGGUAUCCAGCAUGGGAGAGGCAUGUAUUGGACAGGAGCCUGAGAAAGGCCAUUUUAGCUUUUGAAUGUUCUCCUACUCCUCCACGGCUACAAUAUAAAGAUGAUGCCCUUAUACAGGAGCGCUUGGAAUAUGAGACGACACUAUAAACACAGUUUUGGAAAAACAACAGCAGCGCUGUGAUGCAAAUCCAAAUAAAGUAGUUAAUAGUAA